AUGCUCCAAGGGGCACACGUUUUCUCUCACCAGCACCAAUAUAACCCACAAGGCGAGCCGUCAUGGAUGCAUCAGCAAAGUCACCAUCAGCACGCCCAGCAAGCUGCUGCUGCCGCAGCCUCCGCCGCUCAGCAACAACACUACAACCGCAUCGCAGCUAACCACAACCCUGCUGCCCCUUCCAUUGCCUCCGCACAUGGUCAGGAUAGCAUGAUGGAGACGGUCUCGGAGGAGAACAGGCGGACCUUGAACUUCAUCGCCGAUCUGUUGAAUGAGGACACAAGGGAGGCGGCUCUUUUGGAGCUGAGCAAGAAGCGCGAACAAGUCCCAGAGCUGGCUUUGAUCCUGUGGCAUUCAUUUGGUGUCAUGACAUCACUUCUUCAGGAGAUUAUCUCUGUCUAUACAUUGCUCAACCCUUCUCAGCUCACUGCUGCUGCAUCAAACCGAGUCUGCAAUGCGCUGGCGCUUCUACAAUGUGUGGCAUCCCACAACGAAACCCGAGCUCUGUUUUUGAACGCCCACAUCCCACUGUUCCUGUACCCGUUCUUGAACACCACCUCUAAAUCGAGACCCUUCGAAUAUCUACGACUGACCUCUCUCGGAGUCAUCGGUGCUCUUGUUAAAAACGAUUCUUCCGACGUCAUCAACUUUCUCUUGACGACCGAAAUCAUCCCUCUCUGCCUCCGAAUUAUGGAGACUGGCUCGGAGCUCAGCAAGACCGUGGCUAUAUUCAUUGUCCAGAAGAUCCUUCUUGAUGAUCAUGGUUUGAAUUAUAUUUGCGCAACAUAUGAGCGAUUCUACGCAGUCGGAACUGUACUGAGCAACAUGGUCUCGCAGCUUGUGGAACAGCAGACGGCAAGACUCCUCAAGCACGUCGUGCGUUGCUUCCUUCGACUCAGUGACAACGCUCGCGCUCGUGAGGCUUUGCGCCAAUGCUUGCCCGAGCCCCUUCGCGAUGCCACCUUCUCCUCCGUCCUCCGCGACGACGCGGCUACGAAGCGGUGCCUUGCGCAACUCUUGAUCAAUCUAUCCGACAAUGUUGUCGAAUCUUCCGCUAAUCAUCAGGGCAUCUGA